AUGCGCCACAGGAUUGAGAUACAGCGCAUUCACACUGGAGAGAAACCGUAUCAGUGCUCACAGUGUGGAAAGAGUUUUAUUACACAGAGUGAUCUAAAAAAACACCAGCGCAUUCACACUGGAGAAAAACCGUAUUUCUGCUCACAGUGUGGGAAGCGUUUUAAUGCACAGAGUAAGCUCAAAAUACACCAGCGCAUUCACACUGGAGAGAAACCAUAUCGGUGCUCACAGUGUGGAAAGAGUUUUAAUACAAAGAGUGAGCUCAAAAUACACCAGCGCAUUCACAGUGGACAGAAACCGUAUCAGUGCUCACAGUGUGGAAAGAGUUUUAAUCAACAGGGUCAUCUCAAAACACACCAGCGCAUUCACAGUGGAGAGAAACCGUAUCAGUGCUCACAGUGUGGGAAGGGUUUUAAUACAAAGAGUGAUCUGAAAAAACACCAGCACAUUCACACUGGAGAGAAACCGUAUCAGUGCUCACAGUGUGGAAAAAGUUUUAAUCAACAGAGUCAUAUCAAAAUCCACCAGCGCAUUCACACUGGAGAGAAACCGUAUCAGUGCUCACAAUGUGGUAGGGGUUUUAAUACAAAUAAUGAUCUCAUAACACACCAGCGCAUUCACACCGGAGAGAAACCAUAUCAGUGCUCACAGUGUGGAAAGAGUUUUAAUACAAAGAGUGAGGUUAAAAUACACCAGCGCAUUCACACUGGAGAGAAACCGUAUCAGUGCUCACAGUGUGGGAAGAGUUUUAUUCAACUGAGUCAUCUCAAAAUCCACCAGCGCAUUCACACUGGAGAGAAACCGUAUCAGUGCUCACAGUGUGGGAAGAGUUUUAAUCAACAGAGUCAUUUCAAAAUCCACCAGCGCAUUCACACUGGAGAGAAACCGUAUCAGUGCUCACAUUGUGGGAAGAGUUUUAAUCAACAGAGUGCUUUCAAAACACACCAGCGCAUUCACACUGGAGAGAAACCGUAUCAGUGCUCACAGUGUGGAAAGAGUUUUAUUACACAGAGUGAUCUAAAAAAACACCAGCGCAUUCACACUGGAGAAAAACCGUAUUUCUGCUCACAGUGUGGGAAGCGUUUUAAUGCACAGAGUAAGCUCAAAAUACACCAGCGCAUUCACACUGGAGAGAAACCAUAUCGGUGCUCACAGUGUGGAAAGAGUUUUAAUACAAAGAGUGAGCUCAAAAUACACCAGCGCAUUCACAGUGGACAGAAACCGUAUCAGUGCUCACAGUGUGGAAAGAGUUUUAAUCAACAGGGUCAUCUCAAAACACACCAGCGCAUUCACAGUGGAGAGAAACCGUAUCAGUGCUCACAGUGUGGGAAGGGUUUUAAUACAAAGAGUGAUCUGAAAAAACACCAGCACAUUCACACUGGAGAGAAACCGUAUCAGUGCUCACAGUGUGGAAAAAGUUUUAAUCAACAGAGUCAUAUCAAAAUCCACCAGCGCAUUCACACUGGAGAGAAACCGUAUCAGUGCUCACAAUGUGGUAGGGGUUUUAAUACAAAUAAUGAUCUCAUAACACACCAGCGCAUUCACACCGGAGAGAAACCAUAUCAGUGCUCACAGUGUGGAAAGAGUUUUAAUACAAAGAGUGAGGUUAAAAUACACCAGCGCAUUCACACUGGAGAGAAACCGUAUCAGUGCUCACAGUGUGGGAAGAGUUUUAUUCAACUGAGUCAUCUCAAAAUCCACCAGCGCAUUCACACUGGAGAGAAACCGUAUCAGUGCUCACAGUGUGGGAAGAGUUUUAAUCAACAGAGUCAUUUCAAAAUCCACCAGCGCAUUCACACUGGAGAGAAACCGUAUCAGUGCUCACAUUGUGGGAAGAGUUUUAAUCAACAGAGUGCUUUCAAAACACACCAGCGCAUUCACACUGGAGAGAAACCGUAUCAGUGCUCACAUUGUGGAAAGAGCUUUAAUCAACAAAGUGCUCUCAAAACACACCAGCGCAUUCACACUGGAGAGAAACCAUAUCAGUGCUCACAUUGUGGAAAGAGCUUUAAUCAACAGAGUGCUCUCAAAACACACCAGCGCAUUCACACUGGAGAGACAUUAGCUGCAUCCAGAAUCGCAUACUGACAGAGUCUGUACUAGAUUGGAGGAAGUACGCAGCGCUUUCAGUACAGAAGUGUGCAGUAUGCACACAACACUAGGGGUGGGCGAUAUGGCCUUUAAAAAAUAUCAUGAUAUCUUAGCGAUAAUGAUAUUCACUCGGGAUACAUAAGAACACACUUGUUUUGCAGACACUCAGGAAAUUUAAGGUACAAAUGUUACUAAAUGUCCAUUAAAUUAAGC